AUGAAUGCACCGCACCCUCAUGUUCAAGGAGAAGACACAAAUGCUCUACUAAAACAAAUUCUAGAAGGCCAAGGGAGAAAUGCCAUUGAACUUGCUACACAAAUGAAGAACAUGCACCACAAGGUUGAGAAUGUUUAUGGUGAGUUAAAUGCUAAGAUUGAGAGGUUGCAAACACAAGUACAGAGCCAAGCUUCUUCCUCUUCACCAAGACAACUGGGUUCCUUACCAGGAAAACCAGAACCAAACCCCAAAGAAUACAUCAAUGCCAUAAUGCUGAGAAGUGGUAAGCAAUUACCUACUAAUGAGCUCAAUAGGGACAUUGAACCUAAAGGAGGGGAGGUAGUGGUUGAGAUUGAAGAUGAUGAUUUGGUAGUGAAAGACUUGGGUAAAGAUAACGAAGAUGAUGGAGUUGUGGUUGACAAAGGCAAGAGUAAGGUGGUUGAGGAACCAAAGCAAGGCAACACCAUUGAUGAAAUUUUCAAGAAGAGUAGGGAGAUUGCCAAGGAGACUCUAUUUGUGCCUCCACCUUAUGAGCCAAGACUGCCAUUUCCUGGUAAGUUUAAGAAGCAACAAGUGGAUAAGUAUAGAGCUAUGUUUGAUGCUCAAAUGAAAGAUGUUGCCAUCACAAUGCCAAUCAUUGAUGCAUUUUUGCUGAACCCAUCAUACAACAAGUUUCUUAAGGAUGCAGUUAUGGAGAAGAAGAAAGCUCUCCAAGGAAUGGUAAUCUUAACCCAUGAGUGUAGUGCUAUCAUUCAAAAUAAGGUAGUAGCAAAGAAGCUUGAAGAUCUUGGUAGCUUCACUCUCCCUUGUACACUUGGACCUUUAUAUUUUUGCCACUGUUUAUGUGACCUUGGGUCUAGUGUGAGCUUGAUGCCUCUCUCAUUUGCAAAGAUACUAGGUUUCACCUGCUACACAAAGUGUAUGGUCACUCUUGUUCUUGCUGAUAGAUCAGUUAGAACACCAGUAGGAGUGCUUGAAGACUUGCCANAGGCUAAGGAAUGA